AUACCAGGAAUGGACGCACAAAGUCUGCUGGUGACGAUUCUCGUAGUAACAUCAACAGUGACAAAUAUGCACGCCAAGACAGUCGUGUUCUUUCCCCCACCACGCACCAGUUACAUCGUCUACCACACCAAUGUGGCUGCAGCAUUGGCCAGUCUGGGCCAUGAUGUGUGGCUAUGUGUGCCAGAGUCCCACCUCAAGAGAAGCUUGGUCAAGGACACGUCGGUCAACCUCCUAUCAUACGGGCGACAUUUGGGCGAUCUUGAAAAGCGGAACUUUGAAAACAGUAGGAUUGUGGAAAGAUUCUGGGACAGAGAACCAACAAUGGGGAUACACUCUCUUUAUCUAGUUUCUCAAUUUUUCAAUAAAAUCGCAAAGGAGAUUCUCGAUGACAAAACCUUUAUAGACAAAGUGAGAAAUCUGAAUCCCGAUUUAAUUGUCAUAGAAUCGAUUCCGUUCAACAUGAACAUGGUGGUACUUCCUUACAUGCUGGACAUCCCCUUUGCUUUUAUUGGAACUGUUCAUGAGGCGAUCAUGUCAAAAGUUCCCUUUAGUCCUGCAGUCACGCCCUAUUUCAUCGACUUCGUCAGUGACCAGAUGACAUUUUUCCAAAAAGUUUUCUUUACAAUCUAUUACGUAGUAUCUAUAAACUUUGACAUUUUCCACGACAGCAGCCUGGUGUCUAAGUUUGCUCCACACAAACCUUACAAGUCCAUCUACGAUCUCGCUGCCAAUGCUGAACUUUUUAUUGCAGAAGUUGACUACAUACUGGACUACCCACGGACAAUGCUACCCAACACUAAACUGAUUGGAGGCUCUUCUGCCUCUCCCGCAAAGCCAUUGGUCGGAGAGUUCCAGAAGUUUGCGGAUGAGGCCAAAUCUGGCCUUAUUGUCAUGUCUUUCGGCGGGUAUUUGGUUAAUAUACCUCCUGAAAUCUUCACCAAGUUCGUUUCUGCUUUUAAACAGCUCGAUCUUAGAGUGGUGUGGAAAGUAAACAUGACCUCACCUGACCCCAGACAAAUCCUAACCUCCUUGUGGAUACCUCAAAAUGACCUUCUAGGACACGACAAAGCCAAACUGUUUGUGUCCCACUGUGGGAAAAACGGGCAGUACGAGGCUCUCUACCACGGAGUGCCCAUUCUCUGUCUGCCCAUUUAUGGAGACCAAGCCUACAACUCAGAAAGAGUCCGGGUGAAACAGCUGGGACUCUACACCGAUAUGCGUGAUGCCAGCGCAGACGAACUGGCAGCCAUGAUGAAAGAAAUAAUCUACGGGGGGAAAUACGCAGAAAACAUGAAAAAAGCUUCCAGACUUUACAGAGAAUUGUACAAGCUUCCAAAACAUGAAGCGGCAUACUGGCUGGAUCACGUGAUAAAGUUUGGUGGAGACUACAUGAGGUCGUCAGGUCAACAGAUGCCCUGGUAUCAAAUUUUAGUGUUAGAUGUGAUUGCAUUUCUUAUCAUCAUCGUUGUCUUUAUCUUGCUAGUGUUCUACGUCCUUAUUAACAUCUGCUGCAGGUUGUACAAGGGAAGUCACCGGAUCAGGAAAGUCAAAUGCAAACGAAAAUAA